UCGACCAGAGAGAACUUCACUAGAUAUCGUUUCUUGCGAUCGACAAGAAGCCAUUGCUUUCAGAUCCGACUCGUUAGGGUCGCCUCGUUGAAACCCCAGCUUCUGCGGCCAAUCUCGUCUGAAUCCCGAACGCGAGUCACUGAUCCCCCACCUUUUAGGACUCCUCCAUAGAUCCACCUCCAUCGAUCCACCGCCAUCGAUCCACCUCCAUCGAUCCAGCUGUCACAUUCCCUCGUCACGCCAGGCUGUCGUACUUCCCUAUCGCUCCAGGCUAUCGCGUCGCGCCAGGCUGCUCUGAGCCAUGGCGUCGUCAGCCAUAGUCGAGCAUCCGUACUAUCCGCGCGACAUCGUCAUUCCCAACUAUGCUCCCUCGGGGUGGUCCGUCGAAGCGCUCUUCGGAGUCUUCGGAGCGGCCGUGGUUCUCGUGAUCGCCGUCUCGUGGAUCUUCACGCGCUCCUGCCGCCACAUGUCAACGCUUGAGAGGGCCAUCUUCAGCUGGUGGGCGGUAACAGGGGCGAUUCACUUGGUGCUGGAGGGUUCGUUCGUGGCGUUCGAGGACCUCAUGAGCAGCACCAGCCACGCGUUCCUCCUUGACGCAUGGAAGGAGUACAGCAAAGCCGACUCUCGCUACGCCACUCGCGAUGGCUGUGUGCUGGCUGUCGAGGCGGUCACUGCGUUCAUCGAAGGGCCGGCCUGCUUCCUCAUACUAUACGCCAUGGCAACCAGAAGGUCCUAUUCUUCGAUAUUGCAGUUUGCCGUCUCCCUCGGCCAGCUGUAUGGUGACGUCAUCUACUUUGCGACGAGCUUCCUGGAAGGUUCCAAGCACUGCCACCCGGAUCCGCUCUAUUACUGGGGCUACUUUAUCGGAAUGAACGCCAUCUGGAUCGUCGUGCCCCUUGCCAUCCUCUGCCGCUGCUGGGGGGAGAUCACAAGGGCUGUUCGGACGGCCAGUGCUGCUAGUGGUGGUGCGAUGAAUGGGGCAGUCAAGAGCAGGAGGGCAAAGAGGGAGUGAAGGCCAUCUGGAAUCGUCAUGCCCCUUGCCAUCCUCUGCCGCUGCUUGGGGGAGAUCACAGGGGCUGUUAGUGUCAAGAUACACACUGGGGUUGCCCUUGCUCCUCGGGGAAGGGUCACAGGCAGGGCUUCAGAUUGGAUUUUGAGGGGCUGUUGGCUCAGGGUGCCCCCAGAAGGAGCCCCCGUAUUUCAGGGUCGGGUUUUGGAAGUUGCAAUUAUUUUCAGGGUAAAAUUUUUCCAAGGCUGAAAAAUCAGGACUGAAAAUUUUCAGAGCUGAGAUGAUAGGUUGAACCUUGAAGAAUUUUUAGGGCGGGUAGGAUUUUAACCUAGCACAUUAUGUUAGACAUGGCAUGUUUUGUCAGACCAAAAAAAAAAAAGCCUGACUCAU